UGCGCAGCCCCAACCCCCGCAGCUCCGCUCCCCGCCCCCGGGACAGAGUCCAGAGCCGGGACGGCUCCGGGGCGGGACGCGCUGCGGGGUCGGUGCGGGAUGGAGCGAACGGAGCCGGUACCGGAGCUGAUCCGAAAGAAACGGGACGGGGAGCGGCUGCGGGACAACGAGAUCCGCAGCUUCGUGAGAGCCGUCACCGACGGCACCGCGCAGCAGGGACAGAUCGGCGCGAUGCUGAUGGCCGUGAGGCUGCGGGGAAUGGACCAACACGAGACGCUGUCGCUGACCCGCGCCAUGAUGGAGUCGGGCCGGGAGCUGGAAUGGCCCCAAGAGUGGAAUGGGGUGAUCGUGGAUAAACAUUCCACGGGGGGAGUGGGGGACAAAGUCAGCAUCGUGUUGGCACCAGCACUGGCAGCAUGUGGGUGUAAGGUGCCCAUGAUCAGCGGGCGCGGGCUGGGCCACACUGGGGGCACCCUGGACAAACUGGAGGCCAUCCCUGGGUUCUGUGUCACCCAGAGCCCGGAGCAGAUGCGGCGCAUCGUGGGCUCCGUGGGCUGCUGCAUCGUGGGUCAGAGCGCCGAGCUGGUCCCUGCGGACCGGGCGCUGUACGGGCUGCGUGACGUCACCGCCACCAUCGACAGCGUCCCGCUCAUCACCGCGUCCAUCCUCAGCAAGAAGGCGGCGGAGCGAGUCACGGCGCUGCUGCUCGACGUCAAGUUCGGGAGCGCCGCGUUGUGCCCCGACGUGGACAGUGCGACCGAGCUGGCACGGAGCCUCGUGAGACCCCCCCCAUCAUACCACCCCCUGACCACAUCACCCCAUACUCUGGGAGCCGGACGGAACCGGGUCGGGGACCGGAUCGACCCCAACGUGGGCGUGGAGCUGCUGGUGGCGGCCGGGCAGCGGCUGACGGGGGGUGACCCCUGGCUGCGGCUGCACCACAACGGCCACGUGGGGGCGGAGCAGCGCCGGGUUCUGCAGAGCGCGCUGCUGCUGGAACCGGAACCGGACACCGGAACCGGGACCGGGACCGACACCGGCCCCACCAGGCCGCCCCUCAUCGCCGACAUCGUCCUGCCCCACGGGGCGGAGCAGCGAUAAUGGUGAACGGUGGCUCCGUGCGGGGGGAGGAUCCGCCAGGGGAGCAACGGGACCGGAACCGAACCGGACCGGAACCGAACCGGACCAGAACCGAACCGGAACCGAACCGGACCGGAACCGCAGCGACACCGAACCGACUCCAAACCGCAGCGACACCGAACCGACUCCAAACCGCAGCGACACCGAACCGGCCACGACCCACAGCGACACCGAACCGUCCCGAACCCUCAGCGACAUCGAACCGGACCGGAACCGCAGCGACACCGGACCGGACCGGACCGGCAGCGACACCGGACCGUCCGAUUGGCGGAACAGCGGAGCGGAACAGCGCCCCCUGCUGGGCAGAGCGCGACUGUCCUCACCGAUAACUAUCGGUGCACUAUCGUGGCACUAUCGUGUCAUAAAGAGCACUAUAAUGGCACUAUCAUGGCACUAUCGUGUCAUAAAGAGCACUAUCAUGGCACUAUCAUGGCACUAUCGUGUCAUAAAGAGCACUAUCAUGGCACUAUCGUGGCACUAUCGUGUCAUAAAGAGCACUAUCACACUAUCGUGGCACUAUCGGGGCACUAUCAUGUCAUGAAGGCACUAUCGUUGCAUUAUCGUGUCAUAAAGAGCUCUAUCGUUCCACUAUCGUGGCACUAUCAUGUCAUCAAGGGCACUAUUGUGGCACUAUAUGGCACUAUCAUGACACUAUCAUGUCAUAAAGAGCACUAUCAUGGCACUAUCAUGGCACUAUUAUGGCACUAUCAUGUCAUAAAGGCACUAUCGUUGCACUAUCGUGUCAUAAAGAGCACUAUCGUUCCACUAUCAUGGCAUUAUCAUGGCACUAUCGUGUCAUAAAGGGCACUAUCGUGGCACUAUCAUGACACUAUCAUGGCACUAUCGUGUCAUAAAGGGCACUAUCGUGGCACUAUCAUAUCACUAUCAUGUCAUAAAGGGCACUAUCGUGGCACUAUCAUAGCACUAUUGUGUCAUAAAGGGCUCUAUCAUGGCACUAUCAUGGCUCUAUCAUGGCACUAUCAUGGCACUAUCAUGGCUCUAUCAUGGCACUAUCAUGGCACUAUCAUGGCUCUAUCAUGGCACUAUCGUGUCAUAAAGAGCACUAUCGUGGCACUAUUGUGGCACUAUCAUGUCAUCAAGGGCACUAUCAUGGCAUUAUCAUGCCGUAAAGGACACUAUCGUGGCACUAUCGUGUCAACAAGGGCACUAUCGUGACACUAUCAUGUCAUAAAGGGCACUAUUGUGGCACUAUCAUGGCACUAUUGUGUCAUAAAGGGCACUAUCAUGGCAUUAUCAUGUCAUCAAGGGCACUAUCGUGGCACUAUCAUGGCACUAUCAUGUCAUAAAGUUGCACUAUCAUGGCACUAUCAUGGCACUAUUGUGUCAUAAAGGCCUCUAUCAUGGCAUUAUCAUGUCAUCAAUGGCACUAUCGUGACACUAUCAUGUCAUAAAGGGCUCUAUCAUGGCACUAUCAUGGCACUAUCAUUUCACUAUCAUGUAAUAAAGGGCACUAUCAUGGCA